UCCAAAGCUUUUCCUCACAGUAAUUUUUUAAAUAGAUAAGUUUUAUUUAUUUCUUCUGCGUUGUUUUCCCUUCUUCAACGUUCGGAUUAAAAAAAAUAUUAUCUUAAAAUGCCUACACAUUGUGCAAUACCAAACUGUGCAACAAAUAAGGAUAAAAGUGGAAAUAAGAGAUCAUCCUUUCAAUUACCACAGAAUGAGAGCCUUCGGAGUAAGUGGAUGUUGUCCAUUCCAGGAGCACAAUUUUUAAGAUCACAGGAUCGUAUAUGUGAGAAACAUUUUGAGGAACAUUUAAUAAUAAAAAAAUAUAUAAAAUAUGAUAACAGUGGUAAAGUUAUAGCAGAGGUUCCUUUUGCACGUGCUCGUUUAAAAAAGGAUGCAGUGCCAACAAUAUUUGACCACCAUGAUCAAUAUUUUAGAUCGGGUCCUUAUGAAGCAAGAAUAGGUACAGAUCACACAUACGCAUUACUGGCAGCAUUGCCAGAUAAAUCAAUAAGUAAUACAUUACAAGAUGCAGAUUUAUCAAAUAAUAUUGAAUAUAGCGCAGAAUGUGAAUUUGACUUAACGAAUGUAUCUGUGAAAAGGGAAACAGAGUUUGAGUCUGAACAAUGUGAAUACUUACUUCCUUCUACAUCUUCUAAAAUUAAUACUAAUGUUAAUUUUCAGCCCAAGAAUGAGGUACGAACUGAGAAUGUGCAAAGAAAGUAUCAGUGUUUGACAAAUGGUGCUUUGAAAUCAGAAUUGUUGACAACAAAUAAUGAAGCGCAAGAGGACUCGAAUAUGUACAAAAAGUAUGAAUGUACAUGGACUAAAGUUGUUUUUGACUCUGUUUCGUUCAGUUUAAGAUCUCUAAGUGCUGAUAGUUUUGAGGACAGUGUAUUCAUGAAAGUACCAAAACCGUGGAAUGUAAAUAAAUUAAUGAAUGGAUUAGAAGAAACUCUUUUAUUUACAUGCAUUGUACAGACCAAUGAAUGCGGAAUUCAAAAACAUGUCCUUGAGAAAGCUGUCAUAAUUAAGGCUUCUAGAGAAAUAGUUUAUGAAGCUCAUUCUACACCUGUUGAUGUUAGUGGAACAAAACUUCCAAAAAUUUUGACAGUGGUCUCAGUGUUACCGGACAUUUUAAAAAAAUUUAGGGAUUUUCGUAUUUGCGAAGGAAUUGUGACAGAUAUAAGCUUAGAUUAUACACAAGAUAACACAGAUUUGAAAAGAGACAUUUAUUCCAAUUUGCGUCACAAAAAUUGCUCUGUCUUGUCGAUUAAUAGGAAAAGAUGCACUGCGUGCAACAGAUAUUCUAAAGGAUUGUUUCAAAGAAUUAGAAGGAUGAAAAAUAGAAAAAGCAUACAACGUAUAACCAAUUCCGUACGUCUUCUCGACGACAUGAAAUUAAAAGCUUUGAAAAAUAAAAUGAAGUUUCGCGCUGUAAAUGUUUCUCGUGUAAAAAGCAGAUAUCAAUUACUAAAAGAUUCAUUAGAAAAUCAGCGAAAGAAUGUUGCUAACGUCACAACUGAUGCAUUACAAAAAAUGUCUAACAACUAGGCAUUUGUCGUAAAAGAAAUAAUUUCAGCCGCCCAAAAAAGUGAUCCAAAAGGACGCCGCUACACGGAUGAAUUUAAAAUGCUUUGCAUGCUGAUGAACAUCAGAUCGCGAAGUUAUUAUGAAUUCUUACGGAAAAAUGAUAUUAUCCCGUUGCCGUGUACAAGAACAGUAAGGAAUUAUUCGAAUUUGAUGGGUGGGAAAUGCGGCUUCGACAAAGACUUCUUCAAACUUUUAAAAACAUCAUUUACUGCUAAGGAUGUAUAAAAACGUCAUGGCGUGCUUCUUUUAGAUGAGAUUAACUUAAGGAAGUCUGUGGUAGUAUGUUCAAGAACGGUAACAUAUUCUGGUUUAACAGACUUUCGCGACGA